AUGGAGCCCAAUCCAAUACAUUACCACAACGGUUUUAACGUCGGAUGCGCUGCAACGGCAAGGGCAAGGGGGGCAAGGGCGCUAGCGGGGGCGGCGGUGGUGGCGGUGGGGGCGGCGGAGGGGGUGGGGGUGGGGGCUUCGGUGGCCGCGGUGGAGGUGGAGGCGGCGGCGGCGGCGGCGGUGGGGGUGGAGGCGGCAGAGGCGGCAGCGAAGGUAGAGCUGGUCGGGUUGGAGCUGUGCAGCGGGGAGACUUUGGUGGUGGUCGGCGCCAGUAGCACCAGCGCUCUCGUCAGACCCCGUCGCCCCAGCAGCUUCGUGAGUGGUACGCUGCGCGCCAGCGGUCUGGGGGUGCUGGUCCCUGUGCUUACGUCCUGCGUAUGGGCGACCGCACUGGGGAGCCGUGCGUCGGGUGUAGCUAUCUUUGAUCUUGAUUAUGAUGCUAUUCUUGCUGCCAUGUAUGUUGUCUCUACUAGUGCUGAGGGUAACUGUUACCUGUGUGUUCCGCCUGACCUGGGCAUGGAGGCUGCUGCUCUAGGUGCUAGUGAGUCUGCUGCUCCAGGUGCUAGUGAGUCUGCUGCUCCAUGUGCUAGUGAGUCUACUGCUCCGGUACUGCGUCUUUACCUCCCCUCAUUCUCUACGAACUUGGUGAAUGGUGCUGACCUCCACGAUAGGGGGGUAGCUGCGUCGGGUCAGGUGUUUGCAGCUGCGUCCAAGUCUGGUCGUGAGUCUGCCCCCGGCUCGUAUCGUCUCCUGUCUCACCAGACUCUCCUCUGGCACCACUGCCUUUGUCACCCCUCCCUGCCUUGUCUCCGAGGCAUGGCCUCCCAUGUCGUUGUCUCUGGUCUCCCCCGGUCCCUCCCUCCCCUCCCCCCGGGGCCUGCCCCUACCUGCGUUCCCUGCGUCGAGGGGCGGCAGCGCGCCGCUCCUCACUCCUCCGAGCUUCCUCCGACAGAGGCUCCGCUGCAGACUCCAUAUGGAUGUGUGGGGCCCAGCCCGCGUUCAGGUGGGGAGUUUUCCUCCAACCUUCUGCGAGCCUUCUCACGUGCGGAGGGCAUCCGCCAGACGCUCACACUUCCGGCCUCUCCACAGCAAAAUGGGAUUGCUGAGCGCCGCAUUGGCAUGGUCUUGGACGUCGCUCGUACGUCUAUGAUCCAUGCGGCUGCUCCCCAUUUUCUGUGGCCGUUCGCGGUUCAGUACGCGGCAAAUCAGAUCAACCUUCAGCUCCGGGUCUCCCUGCCGGAGAGCUCCCCUACUCUGCGGUGGACGGGGAAGGUUGGCGAUGCGUCUGCGUUCCGUGUCUGGGGAUCUCGAGCUUUCGUCCUCGACUUGUCUGCGAACAAGCUGUUCUCGCGUGCUGUUCCCUGCGUCCUCCUUGGCUUCCCCCUUGACGCGCCUGGUUGGCAGUUUUACCACCCCACCUCGCGCCGUGUUCUGUCCUCCCAGGACGUCACAUUUGACGAGUCGGUUCCAAAAUACCGUGUGUCCCAGGUAGACGCAGUCGAGCCUGUCGAGGUAGCUGUUGACUCUGGUGCUGCUAGGGGUGCUGAGCCUGCAGCUUGGAGGUCCUUCGGGUGCCUCGUCCCGGCGGGAGCCACUCUCUCCGCAGCAGCUGUGCGAGUGGUUGCUCGGCGCUGGAGCCGUGCUGCUGGAGCUGGUGGUGCUGCCAACGCUGGAGGUUCUAUUGCUGCUGGGGGUGCUGGAGCCACGGGUCUCGGAGGUGCUGGUACUGGACGUACUGGAGCUGCUGGGCCUGGUGGUGCUACUGGUGCCGGACCUGCUGGUGUUGCUGGAGCUAGCGGUGCUGCUGGAAUAGGUGCUCCUGGAGGUACUGGAGCCGGAGCUGCUGCGUCUUCCCGUGGUCCUGCUCGAGCUGGAGCUGCUGGAGGUGCUGGAGCUGGAGGUGCUGCUGGAGCCGGUGCUCCUGUGGGUGCUGGAGUUGGCACUUCUGGAGCAGCUGGUGGUGCUGCUGGAGUUGGUGGAGCUACUGGAGUCGGCGCCAACGUUGGGGGUACUGGUGCUGUCCCUGCUCGUUCUGGAGUCUGA